UGGCAACACAUUUUUAUUUUUAAAGUUUUCGUACAGUUUGAAAUAUGUUCCGGGGGGCAUAUAAGGUUUUCGCUUUUAUAAAGCCAAGUAAUGUCUGGUUGAAGAACAAUUUAAUCAAAAAGCGGUUCUUCAGCGAUCUCUUCGACAAAGGUGGCAGAAACAGAGGCGGAAUCGAACCGUACCAUGUCAAAUUGCUACAAGUCAAUAAGGGAAAAGAGGCAAGAAUCAUUGAACUAACCGCACAAAUCGAGGUUAUUCAAAUGCAAAUUAAAGCCCUUGAGAAAACCAAGUCGUCGGAGGCACAAGCUGCGAAGGAAGAACUUAUGGUAGUCCUUAAAGAUCUUAAAGAUGCCCUCCGGAAAUUGAGAAUGAAUAAUUAAUGAAGAUUUUCUUAAAUUAUUAAAAAAUGUACGACGAUAUCGUUUUUCACAAUUUA